UUUCCGCACUCCAGAAAUUACCAUCCGACAACAUGGCGCUGGCGAAGUCAGUCUACAAUCUGCUCUUUAGAAGAACGUCCACCUUCGCUAUCACCAUAAUGGUGGGAGCAGUCUUCUUCGAACGGAUAUUCGACCAGGGAGGAGACGCACUUUUCGAUCAACUAAAUCGUGGGAAACUGUGGAAGCACAUCAAGCAUAAUUACGAGGAAAAGGACGAGGAAUGAAGCCUGCGUCGAUGGCGCGAUUAUCUCGUCUGUGACUUUACUCCUGUGCGUGUGCUGGUCCUGGUGAAGACAUCAUCAUCAUCAUCAUUACUAAUGGACUUGUUCUGUCGAAGCUUCCCGAGUACCGAUAAUUAGACUGGACCAGAUAUCUCGGAUCGAUGACCUGUCAUCUUUCACUUAUCUGCAAUAACAGCACGCGAUACCCUGUCUGUCAGUCGCCCGUGAUUUUUGUGAAUAUGUUAAAUAAAAUAAUGAUAAUAAAUUACAUGAAAACCUAAGCAUGCGUUUCUCUUAGCUAUGAACUGGCUAAUUACGUAUUCCAAUAUGAACUACACGUCUUUCUUCUUUAAUCUCAGAUGUACAUUGACAUGAUAUGAAAGCCCCAUGAUAUUCUGCUUAACUAGGGGGUAAGCAUUUUUUUGGAAUAAAAAUAAAAUC